CCAUUUAAAAAUCGAGAAGAUGUUAAAAAUACAGUUAGCAUCAUGUCCUACUUCAGAAAAAACGAAGGAACCAUUGUGUUUACGUUGGCCAGUUUAGCGUUCAUAGCGUUUUACUGCAUCAAUUAUUGUUUCCGGCGAUGCAGAAAUCGAGACGUUGCUUUGGCGGCAGGGGACACCGAGGAGGCUGUAUUGAGUCCAAUUCGGCCACCGCGAGGGCUUGACGCAAAGGGCGUCCAGUCAAUUCCCUCGUUCAUUUACACAGAAGCUAAUGGGAUUGGGCCAGGACAUGGCGAGCUAGUAUGUGCGGUUUGUCUGAACGAAUACAAAGAGGACGAGAUGCUGCGUCUAAUACUACCUUGCGGACAUGUUUUUCAUGUUGACUGUGUGGACAUAUGGCUCUCUUAUCGCUCCACGUGUCCUAUUUGUCGUGCUGAUGUAAUUGUUGAUCCAGUCUAUUAGCCUUUGACUUUGUAUUUUUUUCCACUCUUGGCUUUGUGAAUAAAAUUUUAUUUAUUGUAGUGCGGGAUUUUGCGCAUGAUGAGAUUGACAUAAAAAAUAGAUAUACAUUAUUGUAUUAUUGUAUUAUGAACUAGGGCCGGCCCGCCCUACGGGCGGAAUAUAUUUUACGUAUGAUAUAUAUAAGUAUAUUAUUAUAUAUUUUUAUUGCAUGUGUUUUAUGUUAGUAUUUGUAAGAAAAGUGUCUAAAACAUGUAUGGUUUGUAAGAAUGUUUGAGCGUUGAGGGAUUAUGUAUGUUAAGAUUUAUUAUGUUUGAUUUUAGUGGUUAUGUCGAUGUUAAAAGGUUGUGGCGUAUAACAUAUUAUAUAUGUUGGAUGAGGUUUACAUGAUUUUUUGGUUGUAUGUUUUUAUAAUUCUAAAUCUAUGAUUGGCAUUUGUUCAUGUUUCUCCAUUUAACUUUUUUGAUUUGUAAUUGUAAUUAAAUAUAUUUUAAGAUAUUGUACCAUUUAACUUUUUCUAUUGUGGUUUUUUUUAUAGUAAGAACACAUUUUCAUUUUAUGUGAAUGUAGUUUAUUUCUUCUAACAGAAAACUGAAAUAAAGCAAGGCAAAAAACCAUGAAAAACGAAAAGUGUUUAGACUACUAUGGUCUGUGUGUUGGUGGUGAUUUUAUUUGCUUAAAUGAUGUGCAUGAAUGUCUCCAACUUCCUUACAUAUUUCAAUUUUUGCUCCACUAUAGAUUAUGUAUAAUUAUUUAUAAUUUACUUGGGAAAUUUCAAAAGGAUACAUUUCCUUACUAAACAUUUUUAAUGUUUUUAUAACUUUAUUUAGCAUUAUAUAUUUAUUUAAUACUUCGUACCAUUUAGAUGUAAUUUUAGAUCAUCUUAAGCUAUUUUAAAAGAAAAUUGAGAAAGUGUUUUUUUGGGCAAAAAAAUAGAAAGUGUUUUUUAGCUAUGUAAAAGUUGCAUGUAUGAAAUUUAGAUGAUUUUAAUUAUUUUUAUGUUUAAUUUAAACAUGUUCCUCUAUGGUCUCAACCUUUGGUCGGACAAAACUUGAGAUAGUCGUAAACGUAACCGAGGCAACACAUAUUAUAGAUGACAUCUCAGUAGCUACUAUGGUUAACGAUUUUAGUUCGUAAUGUUGACAUGCAAAAAUAAAAUGCAAACAGAAUAGUUCACGGACGUGUGGCCAAAGAUGAUAAUGAAUUCCAAAAUACAAUUGUGUUUAUAGUCCGUUGAAAAUAGUUAGCAGCAGAUGAAGUAAAUAAAAAGCAACAAUUAUGCCUAAGCAUUACCAUAGGAGACGACACCUUGGCUUAAGAAUCUAUCCUCUUCAACCUAUGCAUGGCGUGCCUUCUUUGUUGCUUGUUGAUUAUGAACAUGAUAGGAUCAUUAGUUAAAAAAAAAAACAUGUCGGGAUCAGUAAGUAUAUGCUGAUGCACUUGUCUUAUCUUUUUCACUUGACUCUGUUUCAGAGAAAUCAGAGAAAGAAGAAUAAAAUUAUAUUCAUCAAUCAUUAAUGAAAAUAAAUUAGUUUAUACAAUUUAAUAUGAUUUAUAUUAAAAAAUAUAUGUAUGGUUUUAGAUAAAAUAUAAAAAGACAUGUCGUAGAUAUUAUAUAAAUUGGUUUCUGGUUUCAAAUAUAUCCGGUCUGAAUAUAUUGUAGUCACUUUGGUUUAGCUUUUUUUUUCUUUGUUUAUUUGUUUUCUUGCAUUUUUUACAUAUCUCCAUUCGUUAAACCAAAACAUCAAAAAUAUCUAAUACUGUAUGAAUUUUCUUUUUAAAAAAUUAGCUUAGGGCAUCCUAAUAUAGUAGACCGGCAUUGUUUGUCAUAACUGAAAUUUCUUAUAUGUCAGUUUUUUUCUAGUAAAUUAUAAUUUGUUAAAAAUUUACAUAAGAUUAAGAAAAGUGUAUAAAUUUGUGAUGUUAAAAUGAAAAUAUUGGGUUACUACUUUAGUUAUGAAUUAUGGUAUAUGGUUUAGAUUUUAGAGAUUGUGGUUUAUGAUAAAGAGUAUAUAGGUAAGAAGUUGUUAAAAAUAUAAAAAAAUUGGUUAGUAAUUAUAAUUGGUUAGAAAUACUAUUAAAAAUGUAUAAAUUUGGUUAUUGUAAAAUCUUUUUUUUUCAUUAAUUAUUUUGACUCCAUUCAUUCUCUCAUAAGUAUUUUUGGCUCCACUAAUUGCCUUCAUUUUCUCAUUUCCCUCCUAAAUAUAAUAUCUAAAACAACUAUUAAAUAAUUGAUUGUUUUUAAUCUAAAGGCUAUAUAGAUCAUUAUUUUGUGAAUCCUCUACCUUCUUUUUCAUUGGUCAAUCUAUCAAAAUUAAGAUUGUUGUUUCUGGCCAUUGAUAUUUUUAAUAUUAUGGCUUAAGUCAAUCUUUCUCAUC